AUGGCUUCACCUGAGGUCGACCCACCCACAGGAGUGCCAAAGACGUUGCACUCCUGGUGGAGUCGAGUCGACCCAGAUGAGCUGGACCGUGCCAGUCAUGAGUCCGGACGACUGGAGGUGUUGAGACACCUGGGUGCUCUGGUGCGCGCAAGCAAGUCUGUGCUGGAGCUGGGCUGUGGCUCCGGACUCCUUGCACAGGAGGCUAACCGUCGAGAUAUUGUUGGAGUCGACAUGUGCUCCGCAAUGGCGCAAAAGGCGUCGACGCGGAUGGACACAGUGGUGAGGGAAAACAUGCUGGAAUUUUAUCCUGCUGACAGCCCCGACACAGUCGUGCUUGCGAAUGUUCUGGAGCCGUAUUCAGCCGAGGUGAGGAGACUGCUCCUUGCACAGAUCUACGACUAUCUGCUGCCUGGAGGGCAGGUAGUUCUCGCCGUUACAGUGGGCGAAACCGGCUUGGGAACCUCGUCAGAGUCGAUCUUGGAUCUGGUUUUCCCAAGUGCACCGCCCAUGCAGGCAGAUGAGAUCGAGGAAGACCUCCUUCUUUCUGGAUUCGACGUGGCAGUGCCAGAGCUUCUGUGCAUCAGACGAGAGCGAGAGGCGACGACUACAGGGGCUUUGAGUCAUUGA